GAAAUACAUAAUUAUUUUUGCUUAAUUUUCUAUUCUGGUCAUUACUUGAACUUGUCCUAUGUUUUUUCCAUGUUCUUAUUAUCAGAAGUAAUCACAUACAGAUUCUAGCAUGCCAGUUGUGCAUGUUGGAUCAUGGCAUAAUAAUCAGAGAUAUUGAAAUAGAGGGCAACUAGUGACUUACAGAAGCACCAUGACUAGAAAGGAAGAUGUGAAGUUGAAAGCUGGAGCUGAUCUAAUUCAGAAGGCAUAGGUUUGUGAAGACCAGUGCUGUGGUGUUGGUUUUUAUCAUGGGGAUCUUGGAGAAAAUCUCUGAGAUUGAAAGGGAGAUAUCCCGAACGCAGAAGAAUAAAGCGACUGAGUAUCAUUUGGGAGUGCUGAAGGCAAAGUUAGCAAAAUACAGAGCCCAAUUACUGGAACCCCAGACUAAGAAGAGUGAGAAGGGUGAAGGGUUCGAUGUCCUCAAAUCUGGAGAUGCUCGUGUGGCUCUCAUUGGCUUUCCUUCUGUUGGCAAGUCCACUCUGUUGAAUGUGAUGACAACUACUCAUAGUGAGGCAGCCUCAUAUGAAUUCACCACAUUGACUUGUAUCCCUGGGAUCAUUGAGUACCAGGGUGCAAAUAUCCAGCUUCUUGAUCUUCCUGGAAUCAUUGAAGGUGCAGCCCAAGGGAAAGGUAGAGGAAGACAGGUUAUAGCAGUGGCAAGAACAGCAGAUCUUGUGCUGAUGAUGUUGGAUGCCACUAAAGGGGAGGUACAGAAAGGGCUUCUGGAGGCUGAACUGGAAAGUGUUGGCAUCCGCUUGAACAAGAGCAAGCCAAGCAUUUACUUUAAGCAAAAGAAGGCAGGAGGGAUCUCAGUAAAUUCCACAUGUCGACUUACCCGUGUGGAUGAGAAGAUGGUCAUGAUGAUUCUCCAUGAAUAUAAGAUCUUCAAUGCCGAGGUGCUGUUUCGUGAUGACUACACAGCAGAUGACUUGAUUGAUGUCAUCACAGGCUCCCGUGCCUACAUCCCUUGCCUGUAUGUCUAUAACAAAGUUGAUCAGGUUUCCAUUGAGGAAGUGGAUCGUCUUGCCCGGUUACCCAACUCAGUCGUAGUUAGCUGCAACAUGAGGCUGAACCUGGAGUACUUGCUGGAAAAGCUCUGGGAGAAGUUGAGCUUGGUGCGAGUGUACACAAAAAAGCCUGGGGAGCCACCAGAUUUUGAUGGGGGGUUGAUCUUGCGACGCAGUUGCACUGUGGAGCAUGUCUGCCAUACCAUCCAUCGGACCCUGGCUGCCUCCUUCAAGUAUUCUCUUGUUUGGGGGACAAGUACCAAAUACAGCCCACAGAGAGUUGGUCUCCAUCAUGUGAUGCAUGAUGAAGAUGUCAUCCAGAUCGUUAAGAAGUGACACUAUGCCUUUCUUCAAGCCCUUCAUCAGUUAUUGUGCUUAUGAAUGAUUUGAAAGGCAUAUGUAAAUGCACUGUAUUUAAAUUAUCCUUCCUUUGCUUCUUGAGCCCUUAGUGAUGCUUUUCCUUG